AUGGGCGUUGAGAUGAAGACAAGGGAAGGCGUCUACAGGCACGAUUGGAAUCAGUGUGACAACAGCGCAUUGACUCCUCGGAGCCGGGGGCAGAUGCACGGCAUCUCGGUGAAGAUGGUGUGGCCAAUGAAUAGAAGGUGGAGAAAGAGGACAAAGACCUUCGUCUCUACUCCAUUGUUCAAGUUUGGGCUGGACAUCAUACCGAUACCUGCCGCGCCCGCCACUCAUGAAAUGGCAUUUGAAACUGGACGACACAUUCAUGUUAUUCAUUCGAUCAUAGGCCAGGUGGAGCUUCCUUUCUUGUUUCGACAUGCCCAUGAAGACCUGGAAGGUGCUAACUACUUUAUGCCUUCCCCUAUAGUCUCGAACGACAAAUAUAUAGUAACUGUCAAAGCCACUUGUCACUAUAAUUGGUUUCUUGGGGAUUUCCAAUUGUAUUCUUGUGGCAAAAACUACAGCUCCAACAAUCCGACCAGUCAAAAGUCGAAAAACUAUGACUGUGGACGAUUGGAUGAUUCUCGAGAGCCAGGCAGAUCCCUAUACAAUCCAGUGUGUCUGCCCAUCCCCUUCCACUUGAUGACGUUGAUGCUCAACAAAACCUUGCCACAGUUUGCACAGGCGGAAUGUUCCUAUAUAGAACAGUUAGCCAUCAAAUGGUGUCGUACCAUACUCACGAACGCCCCGAGAGGACGCCUCCGCUCUGGAUCGGAGAACAAUUUAUCCUCGGUCAACAAUGGGUUUCGAUAUUCUGACCUAGACCUGUGCGUCUCCUACUUUCUUCCCGGCCCGGCUGCACCAUGCGGGUGCCUGAGGGAGAAUGGCUAUACCAUAACUUGGGGAGUUUUGACUGUUCUCGGAGCUACCUUUCUAAGAGACACCGAGCGGAUUUCUUCAGGAAGUUUAACACUGGUUUCCACUUCAGACUACGUUGUCAUUGACGACACAGAGGGAGAAUGGCAACCUGCAGGAGGUACCUUUCCCAGGCACAAGUCAUUGUCUUCGCGGGAGCCAAAGGUCGAGAUUUAUCAAUAG